AUGUAUGGAAUAACGCAUUCAAAUCACUCCUCUGAAGGAGGCACUUAUGAUACGUUAGAAUUCAGCGAAACUCCUAGCAGAAUAAAACUUCAAAAACUAUCUAGCAAGCUUAUAAGCUACCAAACUGGCAUCGAGUCUGAAAAACAAGCACAAGCUGACUCAUUUAAAUAUAGGAUGCACCAGCUUGAGGAUAAGCUCUCAAAAAUUCAGCUAUCUGACGACUCAAAAUUUUCUGUAAUUUCUUACCCAGGUCCUCAAAGACCAGCUCAGUAUAGCCCAGGACCUGCUUUAGAUAAACGUUGCCACUUCAACCUGUGGGGUUGACAAGUGAGAAGUAUAUUGGCACUCCCAACUUUUAGGGUUGAGCUAGCAAUGUGUAGUCCAAGGCGAUCAAAUCAGGCUUUGGGCUAUAAAAUCCAAGAAAAUCUUUCAACCGAACAUCUAGCUCUCGAAAUCCUUGACGAGCGUAAAGUAAAAGAGCUUAAAUUAUGCGAAAAUAACACCCACAUCAACCUAUCCUUACUCCCUCCUUUAAAUUGGAACAAAAUAUUGGUAGAAUUUCCAUUUUUUGGGUACUUUAACCCCUUUAAAUUGGAACAAAAUUUUUUUUAAUGGCAAAAUUUUAUAGGUAGAAAAUACGAAAUUUUUAUGAAAUAAAUUUUUAACUAGUUUAAUGGAAAAAAUGCAGUAGAAUAUUAUUUAAAUAGGUUUUAAACUGAAUCUUUUAAGUUUUAUUAAUUAAUUAAAUCUUCAUAAAAUAAAUUAAAAUUCCAGUUUAAUCUAUAUUUUUUAAUUUAAUAAAUUUUUUAUAUUGUAAAAUUUAAUAUCAUUUUUUUUUGAUAAACAAAAUUAACCCCUCUUUAAAUUUGUUCAGAUUUUUUUGUUUCCAUAUAAAUGGCGGGAAAUUAGAAAGACAAGGCCGAAAAGAGCAAGAAGUAAAAUUAUUGAAAAAUAUUGAAGACAAAUUUUUUGAAAUAAAAAUAGAAGUAGCAAAAGAAAAAAAAAUCAGGGAAGAAAAAGAAGAAGAAAAAAACGCAGAAUUCGGGGAACAACUGGAAACGUUACAAGGGGAAAUUGAAAAUGAAAUGAGGACGAGAGAAGAUGGGUAUGAUAAAAUUAUAAAAAAUAUUGGAAGUGAGCUGCAAAGAUGCUAUAGUGAGCUGGAAGUAGAUAAAAAGAAAAGAGAAGAAGAGCAUACGAUUUAUGCGAAAUUUAUUAAUGAGAUGAAAGCCAGGGUUAAGAAUGAGAUUAAUUUGGAGAAAAAAGAAAGAGAAGCGACAGAGGAGACCUUGAUAAGAUUGCUAGAAGAGACAUGCCAGAAGGUUGAGACGGGGAUAGGGCCAAAGCGAUAUUUUUAA